AUGGCUAACUUGAAAUUUUGGCUGUGCUUGUUCCUGAUCUGUGUUUCGUUCUCGCGGCCAUCAGCUCGGCCAAUGCAGCAGCUGUUUGCAAACGCAGAGCCAGAGGGAAAUCAACGUGGGCCUAUGAUGGGAGAAGCUGAAAAAGUAUUGAAAGCUAAUAUAAUGGAGAGAGCCUUUAACCAGCCCAAGAGACUUUGUCCUGGAGGUCCUAAUCGUGGUCAUCACUAA